UGGCGCUCAGCUGCGCAACUGCGGCUACGAGAAUAGAAAAAUGAAUCAAUUGAAGGCCGCAAUUCUGUUAUUGGGGUUUCUUUACCACAAUGCCAACGGCGACUGCGGCUGCAACAAGCUGGAGAGGGAUGCUUCCGAUGCCACUCAAACUAAGUCCGUGGAGCAGCCGGCGCAACAGGUGUGCCAGCAGCAGGGGCGCAAUAAAAAUAAACAUUAUCGCGACUACUAUCCGGAGGCUGAGCCGGAGAUUGCGGGCAUGUCACUUAUACCUGGCGGCAGUGUGAAUAUUGGCACAGAUGAGCCGCAUUUUGAGGCAGAUCGAGAGGCUCCAGAGCGUGUGGUAAAGAUCAAAGACUUCUACGUGGACAAAUUCGAGGUAUCCAAUGCAAAUUUUGCAAAAUUCGUUGAAGCCACAAACUAUACUACUGAAGCGGAACGCUUUGGCGAUAGUUUUCUGUUCAAGACAAUGUUGUCGCCAGCACAGCAGGCGGAGCUGGAGGAUUACCGCGUGGCCAAUGCGCUUUGGUGGUACAAGGUCAGCGGCGUUAGCUGGCGUAGGCCAAACGGCAUCGCUAGCAAUUUGCAAGGUCUGGAGCAGCAUCCAGUUGUGCAUGUUUCCUGGCGCGAUGCUGUGGCCUAUUGUGCGUGGGCGGGCAAACGAUUGCCCAGCGAGGCGGAAUGGGAGGUGGCCUGCCGGGGUGGCAAGCAGCGCAAGCUAUUCCCCUGGGGCAACAAGCUGAUGCCCCAGGAUAAGCACUGGCUGAACAUAUGGCAGGGCGAGUUUCCCGAUGGUAACACCGCGCAGGAUGGCUAUCUAUUCACAUGUCCAGUAGAUGAGUUUCGUCAGAACGUCUACGAUCUGUACAACAUGGUGGGCAACGUCUGGGAAUGGACGUCGGAUCUGUGGCAGGCCGGCGACACCAGCGAGAGCCCGAAUCGCGUCAAGAAGGGCGGCUCCUAUUUGUGCCACAAGUCCUAUUGCUAUCGCUAUCGUUGCGCAGCGCGUUCCCAAAAUACCGAAGACAGCUCGGCCAGCAAUUUAGGGUUUCGAUGUGCCAAGGAUGCGUAAAAUUAGUUCAACUAUUAUCUAACUAAAUUAAGCUACUUUCAGAGACCUGCUGAGCUGAUUUUUGAUGAGUUAGUUGGUUGGAAUGGCAUUCGGAUAUAUUUGUUAUACUUCUUAUGAAUUUCCUGACAUACCAGUCGCCUUACUGGGAUAUAUUAAUCCUUUGGAUACACAUGUAAUGCACUUUUGAUCAAUAAAGCGGUAUCUCUGAUAAA